AUUGGUAGUACUGUCAGUACUUGCAGUGCAUAACGGAACGCACCCUGAGUCAUUCGUCAUUAGUCACGUGCUUAUCACUGAGAAACUCGUUUUUGUCACUCUUCCGUAUUCUUCUCAUGUAUACGUACACGUGCAUCAUUAACAAUCUUAUGUCGUGUAUACGUCAUAAUCUAGCAUAAACUUUUAUCGAUUCAAUCAGUUUUUUAUUCUUCGAGUAUCUAUAAGAGAUGCAAUUAAAAAUAGAGAUUUAAUUUCUUUUAUCUUGUCAUAUUAAAAAAAAUGUCACAAACGGUGAUUUCUGCUUCAGCGCAUAACGAUGUAGAAAAUAACAGAGAAGACGACGAUAAUCUCGAUGUAUACGAUUAUAAGGACAGAGAGAGGUUAAUCAAGUCUAGGAAUAAUUUUGCAUCUUAUUCCGAGAAUGUCGACGUACGAUUUCGAAACACCAUCGACAAUAAUAUAGGAUAUAGCAGUAUAGAGGCUAUCUCGAGUCAUUCUAGAAGGCUAAAUAUUGGGAACAUAAUUCCAGGAGCAACUAAUUUCCUAUCGACCAAUUAUGAGAGCUUGGAUUAUGAUCCGUGUGAAAAUUAUCUUCUACAAGAUGAAGAAAGAAAGAAGGGGUAUAAAUUUGUCGUUAGGAAAAAUUUUGCCAGAUGGUUUAUCUUUCUUUUGAUUGGAAUUUGCACUGCUCUCAUAGCAUGCUUUGUAGAUAUAUCGAUAGAAGAAUUGUCCAGCGUAAAGUACAGCUGGCUAAAGAAGUAUGUGGAUCAAUGUGUGGUAGAAAAUUGUAUGUGGUUACCAUAUAUGAUAUGGCUGGUGCUAAAUAUGGUACCAGUUUUGAUAGGUGCCAUUCUAGUAGCCUACAUUGAACCUGUUGCUGCGGGGAGUGGUAUUCCACAAGUAAAAUGUUACUUGAAUGGAGUUAAAAUACCACGAGUCGUACGCAUUAAAACUUUGGCUGUGAAAACUAUCGGCGUUAUAUGUACCGUAAUUGGAGGUUUAGCCGGAGGGAAGGAAGGUCCUAUGAUUCAUUCUGGCGCUAUUGUGGCUGCAGGAAUUUCUCAGGGUAAAAGCACCACUUUUAGGAAGGAUUUGAAUAUUUUCGAAUAUUUUAGAGAGGAUCACGAGAAACGAGAUUUCGUGGCCGGGGGCGCCGCAUCCGGAGUAUCAGCGGCUUUCGGAGCACCAAUUGGUGGAGUCUUGUUUAGUAUAGAAGAAGGAACUAGCUUUUUCAAUCAGAGUCUCACAUGGAGGACAUUUUUUGCCAGCAUGAUUACCACAUUCACUUUAAACGUGAUCUUGAGCGCGUAUCACGGACACUUGGGAGAUCUCUCUUAUCCAGGCUUGUUGAAUCUAGGAAAAUUCGAGUCGAUUCCAUAUCAAAUUUACGAGAUUCCUCUGUUCAUGAUAGUAGGCACGUUCGGCGGAUUGCUCGGCGCUCUUUGGAAUCAUGUCAAUUACAAGAUCACUUGCUUCCGUUUGCGAUUCGUGACGCAAAAGUGGCUAAAAGUAAUUGAAGCUCUCCUGGUGGCGAUAUUAAGCGCGACAAUGGGCUCCUUGAUGAUAUACUUUAUCAAUGAUUGUAAACCAUUAGGUAACGAUCCUACCAAAUUUCCAGUUCAAAUGUAUUGCGCGGAAGGACAAUACAGUGCCGUCGCCUCGUUAUGGUUUCAAACACCGGAAAGCAGUGUACGAUCAUUAUUUCACGAUCCUAAAGGAUCUCACAGUGACAUAACAUUGGCCAUCUUCGUUAUUCUAUAUUUCUUCCUUGCUGCCGCUACUUUCGGCCUAUCGAUGUCAAGCGGCCUCUUCAUUCCCUCCUUACUGAUUGGAGCCGCAUGGGGUAGAUUAAUUGGGUCGGCCCUUUCGAGGAUUUGCCCAGAUUGUGAAGUAUUGGAUCCUGGCAAAUACGCUUUAUUAGGCGCUGCUGCACAAUUAGGAGGGGUAGUCAGAAUGACGAUAAGUUUAACUGCAAUCUUGAUAGAAGCGACCCAAGGAAUUUAUUUCGGUUUACCAGUCAUAAUAGUUCUCAUAAUGGCUAAAUGGGUCGGCGAUUUCUUUAAUGAGGGAAUUUAUGAUAUUCAUACUCGGAUGGCUGGGAUUCCGUUACUUCCAUGGGAAUCGCCACCACUGUCAAAUAAUAUUUAUGCAAGUGAGAUAAUGAGUCAUCCAGUAGUCGCUUUAAAGACUGUCGAAAAUGUGGGACAUAUUGUUGAACUUUUAAAAUGCGUUACGUUCAAUGGAUUUCCUGUCGUUGAUCCACCAAGUAGCGAUCAAGCUGAGAUAAAUUCUUAUGGUCGAUUUCGAGGUCUGAUAUUGCGUUCCCAGUUAAUAGUACUUCUAAAAAAUAAAGUAUUUAAUGAAUACGCGGAAUUUUGGGAGAAACCUUUAAGCACAAAAAUGUUUAGGAAUGAGUAUCCUAGAUAUCCGACCAUCGAGCAAGUUGCCAUUACUGAUGAAGAAAAAACUUAUACGAUAGACUUGAGACAUUUCAUGAAUCCUUCUCCUUAUACGAUACAACAUUCCGCAACACUGCCAAGAACAUUUAGACUCUUUAGAGCAUUAGGAUUACGUCAUGUACCAGUAGUAAAUGAUACAAAUGAGGUAAUUGGUAUUAUUACGCGAAAAGAUGUUGCCAGGUUCAGGAUAUGGAAGCAUCGAGGAAGAAUGGGAUUGGAUGAACUUUUAAUUACUAAUAAAAUUUAAUUAAAAAAUUUUCUUUUACAUUUUGUGGGU